GCGGUGGGCCCCGCAAGAUGUCUGACAUGUUUCUGCAGUACCACAGGCCACUGGCUGGCGUAGAGCACAUGCUUGUGGUGGGCUGUUUGUCUGCGUGAAGCUGGCAUGGCCUCCCGUUCCCCCGCAUCUGUUCCCCAUUAGCAGAGCCGAGAGUAUAAAGCAGGGAGCUGACAGAGGCUGGGAACAGUCUAGUUCCAGCCUGGAUCAUGGGGUUUAGUGUCUGGCUGUGUGUGCUGUGUCUGCAGGCUAGCCUGCUGUCACACGCCUUUGACUGCUCAGGAGCAAGCCAGGGAGAGUUGUGUGUCAGCGGAGGGACCGCAGACAGACAGCAUGAAGAUCAAAGAAAACAGAGAGCACUACCCUCAACUGAGGGGAUGGUUUUGUUCAGACGUAAGAGACAGCUGGAGCAGAGGGUGCCCACCCACCUGAGUCACGUCAGCCUGCCUGGAGCCUUCGCUGUCAAAGGCUUCCCUAACACUCUCAUCCAGGCUGACAGGUCCAGAAGACACUUGGCUGCAAAUAAGAAAAAGAACAAGCGUAAACUCCGUGCCGGCUCCCUCUCCCUCCUUAGCAGAGACAAGAAAACCAACCCCCUACAGGUGAUCAGAGCGAGGAGACAGGUGAAACUUGAUCCACCCAAGAGGGGGAAGUCAGGACGUUCUGGAGCAUUUUCUGUCCUGGGAGAUCCUCAGAAUGAUGGGCAAAAUGUCAGACCUGAUGGGAGCAUGUAGAAGACAAGUGCCAAGAUUUUCUAUUAUUGUUGGCAAACCCUAACAAAGAGUAUACAGUUCAAAUGGAGAGAAAAGCAACAGAAGACUGGGAUGAAAAUUUAACACUUAGCUGAUUAAUAUACCCUUACUUUUAGAUGUAAGCUAACUUAUGCUAAUUGGCCAGUCUGUACUAGCAAAUCAUUUUUAUUAUAUUUACAGUUGUGAUUUUUAAUACAUCUCUGCAUAAUAUCACAUAAUAAGAGAUCCUAUAAUGAUAUUUCACUUUUUUCCUUUUUCUUAUAACCUAUUUAAUCACAGAUUUCUUUAAAAGAUUGAGUGGGUAUAUUUUUGCAGAAUUAUUUCUUGUACUGUUUUAUCAGGUUUCAAUUAAAGGUUUGUGGAGA